CCGGCCCGCGCCGCCAGCCUGCCAGCCCGGAAGGAGCCGACCGAGCGCCCGCGGCGGCUGACUCAAGCGGGAAUUUGGUGGGUGACUGGCCAUGGGGCCCCUGAGUCGUGAAGCCUGGGCCCAGCGCCUGGGGGCUUUCCGAGCCAGCCCAUCCGCCUUCCUGGCAGGCGCCGAAGGCGAGGACCUGGGUCGCGACCUGCUGGGUGACCUAAGGAGUGAGAAGCUAAGCGAGCAGACCAAGGUUUCCUUGCUGACACUGAGCCUGGAGUACUCGGACAAACUCUGGCCCGAUGCACCUGCCGCAGAGGCUGCCGCCACCUCCUUGCUGGACACACUUGUCCUCCUGCCCUCAAAGCCUUCGGCGCUCCGGAGGCUCCUGCUGUUGGCAGCCACCACAGCCCUGGCGUCAGGAGGCGCCCUGGGACCCACUUCGGGAGCUUCCUGCCGGCUCCUGCCCCUUCUGCUUGGUUUAGCUUCAGGCCGGGACGUGGGACGAAGCUUUGGAGCCGCCUCCGAACAGCGCCACCUACAGGCCACGGCGUGUGAGUGCCUGGGAGAACUGGAGCGCUGCAAGCCGGGGCUGCUGGCUGGCUCCCUGGGAGUGCUGCGCAGCCUCCUGGGGCAAAUGGGUCCCAUCCAGCCUGUCAGCCUGCUGCUGGCCCUUGUCCUGCACAACACCUUGGUGGUACCACCCGGGGCUGGGGCUGGGGCUGGGCUGCAAGGCCUGCUUGUGGCUGGGGUCUCCUCCACUGGGAGUCGUCCCUGGGACUGGACACAGGCUGAAGAGUGGGGUGCCCAUCUUCAGCCCCAGGCCCCCCGCUGGUCCACAGCUGAGGAGGAGGCUCGUGGCUUCCCAUGGCUCGAGCCCAGCCCUGAGGAGGCCCGAGAGCUGAAGGCUGCAGUGGCCCAGCUCCUGGACACUUCCUACCUGCUCGCUCCUGCGGCUCAGGCUCAGCUUCUGUGGCUGCUGGGCUGGGCCCUUCGGGGUCUUCGGGGACAGCCGCCGGUGCUUUUCAAGCCCCAGCUAGUCCGGCUGCUGGGCACCGCACAGCUGACGCUGUUGCACUCAGUUCUGGCUCUCAAGGCAGCCUUUGGUGAGGCCCUGUUCACUGCUCAGGAUGAAGCCCUGCUGCUCCGCAGGCUGGCCUUGGUGGCCCAGCACCCAGCCUUGCCCUCACCCACACACCUCUUUUACCUGCACUGCAUCCUGAGCUUCCCAGAGAACUGUCCACUAGGCCCGGAAGGGGAAGAGGCUGCCCCGCUGCUGUUGGGUCCCCAGCUGUGCCGGGGCCUCAUGCCCAGUCUCCUGCACGACCCGCUGGUCCUCUUAGCCCGCCUGCAUUUGCUGUGCCUGCUCUGUGCUGAUGCCGAGGAAGAGGAGAAAGGCCAGGUUCAGAGCCCACAGCGGUACCUGCAGGAGCUUCUGGCUGGCCUGCAGCAGAGGGCAGCCCUAGAUGAUGGUCCCCAGGCCUUGGCCACUCUCUGUUUCCAGGCCUCAUAUCUCAUUGCCAGCUGCCUAGCUGGGCAACCUACAGUACGGACAUCCUUGAUCCAUGGACUGGCCCAGCUAUACCGAGCUCGGCCUUCCCUGGCCCCCCACUUUGUGGAUCUCUUAGAUCAGGUAAGCCCUGAGCUGAGAGAGCCCCUCAGGGCGGUGCUGCAGCAAGAGGUGGUGGCCAGGCCAGGCCAGAGCCAAGCGCUUCGCUGGCACCUGCGAAUGCUGGCGAAGGUGGCAGAGGGGGCUGCCCAGAGCGCCACCCUCAGCUUCCUGCAGGCUGCAGCCAUGCACUGCACUGAGUGGGGCCUCCAGCAGGCCCUGCUGCGGGUGUGCCGCGCUCUGCUGCGGACAGGUGGGGGCGAGGGCCUGGCAGACUUGCUGCAGGCACUGGCCAGACGGCUGGAGGAUGCUGAUGGACGGGACCAUGCCCGACUAUACUAUGUCCUCCUUUCCCACCUGUCAGGCCCCAAGUUGGGGAUGGCCCUGGGCCCCUCGCUCGCUGCCCCCGCUCUGGCCUCAUCACUGGUGGCUGAGAACCAGGGCUUUACAUCAACGCUCAUGGUGCAGGAGACUCCAGCUCCAGUUCGGUUGAGUGUGGGGCCUCAGAAGGCCAAAGGCCCGCUCCUGCUGCUGCAUCUGCAGGUGGAGGCUCUGGAGGUUCCCGUCUACUCCCUGGAACUGCGCUUCCGUGUGGAAGGACAGCUCUAUGAGCCUUUGGAGGCUGUCCACAUACCCUGCCUGUGUCCGGGACGGCCCACGCACCCUCUCUGCCUGCCCUUGAAGCCCCGAUGCCCAGCCCCUACCCGCCUCCACGUCCAGGCCCUCUAUACCACAUCUGCCGGCCUCACGUGCCAUGCCCACCUGCCACCCGUGUCUGUGAACUUUGGUGACCUCUUCCUGCCUUUCCCCCAGCUCCCCAAGGGCUCCGAGCUGAGUUUCUUUGAGGAUCUCUGGAACUCCUGCCUGCCAAAGGGUGUAGAAAGUCGUUUGUGGUGUCCACUUGGGCCACAGGGCCUGGAUGCCUUGGUGUCCCGACACCUAGAGCCCUUUGUCGUGGUGGCUCGGCCCCCCCCCACCUACCUCGUAGCUGUCCGCCUGCCCCCUGACUCCAUGUUGCUGCUGCGGUUGGAGACCGCUCAGGCGGAUGGCGUGCCUGUGGCCCUGAGGACCGACAACUGGGCCGUGCUGCCCCUGGCGGGGGACUACCUCCGUGGCCUUGCAGCCCGCUGAGUAAAACCAGGUGGGGCAGAACUUGUUGCUCUUAGGGGGUGGUCCAAGGGACUGCCAAAGGAGCAUAUUCUUGUCGCUCCUGCCCCAUAAAGUCACAUUCACUGACGGCUCUCA